CGAAAAGAUAUAAAAAGAGACGCUUCUAUGACAGACAACCCCCCAUUCUUAUACUUCAGUUCUCUCUUUCUUCGUUCUUCUUGACUCUUCCGACCUGUAAUAACAACAGCAAACAAAUUUCAAAGCGCACUUUCAUUGCAUAACCUCUCUCCAUUCUUUCACUCGCAUUUGCACUUUGUUCUACGCAUAUCCUAUUAUUUUUCAAAGAGAGACGCUUCGCACUUCAAACCUACAACCUAAACAGGCGCCUAGAAACAAUGGCAGACAUCGACGCGUCCACAAUUUCCAGUAAAACCAUUCCUUCUAAAACAGACACACAAACCACAGAAAAACCAACGCUGCCAUGGUAUAAGCGAUUGGACCAGACAAAAGGCCUGUUGCUCUUCCUCCUCUGCAUGGUUCAGAUGUUAGAUAUCAUCAAUAUUGCCUCUGUCACUAUCGCUCUCCCCUCCAUUCUCCGAGAUGUCCACUACGAACCGACUCAGCUACAAUGGGUAGUAAGUAGUUACGCCCUAACGUAUGCGGCAUUCCUUCUAGUUGGUGGCCGUAUGGGAGACCUAUUUGGUCACCGUCGCAUCUUCCUUUUGGGCACAUCAUGGUUCGCUAUUUGGUCCCUGGUAUGCGGAUUCGCAAGAAAUGCGAUCUUCAUGUCCGUUGCCCGCGCCUUACAGGGUGCUGGAGCUGGAUUCACUAUUCCAUCUGCCCUGGCAUUGCUGACUACAACGUAUCCUCUUGGCCCUGAGCGCACAACUGCCCUCUCCUUAUUUGGCGGUGCAGGCUGUAUUGGCCAAACGAUCGGAGUCCUCCUCGGAGGCAUCUUUGAUGCUACUAUCGGUUGGUACUGGAUCUUCUUCGUCACCGCGAUCAUCUCGGCUACUCUCUCCAUUGUCGGCUACUUUGUCAUCUCCAGGGCCAACAAUGAGACGACUGAGACGGACCGUCGCAUCGACUAUACCGGUGUCUUCCUCUUUAUGGCCGGAAUCAUCACCAUUGUCUACUAUCUUUCCGAGUCCACCACCGAAGGCUGGGGUUCCGCCAAGACACUGCCUCCAUUCAUCGUUGGUCUCGUACUCCUGCUCGCUUUCGUCUUCUGGGAGAGACGCAUUGACUAUCCAAUUAUGCCCUUUCGCAUCUGGAGGUCUCGUCGUUUGUUAGCGAGCGUGAUUAUCAUCAUCUGCGUCACCGCUACAUACAACACCAUGAUCUUCUUCACGUCCCUGACCUUCCAGAACGUCCUUCACUACUCGCCUCUGAUUACCGCGUGCUGCUACAUCGUCCACGGUGUUGGCUUAGUCAUCGGUCUCUACACAGUGACAAGACUGUUCCCAUAUAUUAGAACCAAGUUCAUCAUGUUGAUCGGCUGGAUCUUGAUCAUCGUCUCGUCCGUCCUGUUCGCCCAGAUCACCCCUGGUAUGAGCUAUUGGCACUUCGCGUUCCCUGCCAUGAUCGUGAACUGUAUCGGGCUCUCGCCCACGUGGAUGUGCUGUCAGGUCAAUGCCGUCGCCGAUGCGGAUGAUGAGGACCAAGGCGUUGUUGGCGCCGUAUUCAAUGUCGCCAUUCAGCUUGGUGGACCCAUCGGAUUGGCCUUUGCCACCAUCAUUUCCCAGGCCCACGAAGGUACUGGAGGUACUCCCGAAGCAUUAAUGGGUGGAUAUCGCGCAGCAUUCUAUACCUUUGGUGUGAUCGGCGGGAUCGGUGCUGUUCUAGCUGCGAUCUUUGCUGCAAACCGUGACCCUAUCGAGUUCUCCAGCGUGGUUCCUGAAACGAUGACCGAGGAUCAGGAGAAGGGUGUUGCUGCAACAGAUAGCAGCAGUGUCUCAGUGCUUGAGAGCGAGAAGGUCGAAGCCCGUGAGAGCAAAGCUGAGGUCGAAGACUCUUCGGUUAUCGCAGCGAUUGAGCAGCGACGUGUUUAGAUUCUUAUAAGAAGAUUAGAAUAGG